AUGCAGGAAAAUUUACAUCGACUUCUCGAAUCUCUUCAGUCCGAGUCACUGGCCACGACGUCCAAGAUCAAGUAUGCAAGCACAUGGACACAGUGGUGUAGAUGGUGUGAGCGGCUUCAAUUCGCAAAAUGGCUGCCAGAAGACCGCCGGCAACAUUCGUACCAGCUCGCCCUUUUCGCCACGUACUGCUGGAAAUAUGGCUGGGGAAAAUCGGGAUCGGGGAAUUCUGCCUCGACCGUGCUCUCUAAAGUCAGCCAUAUUGCGUGGCAUCAUAGGCGAACCCUUGGUUACAACGUCGGCCUUUUGCCGGGCCACCAACUCGCUAUCACCGCAAUGCGGCGGAAAGACCCAUCAAGCAAGCCAAAAUCUCCCGUUACAAGCGCAAUCCUCAAGUGCCUGCAUGAGCUCCUCGAUUUCGCAGUUGCCCAGCACCGGGUCAUUUGGGGGGCUUCGGUGCUGGGCUUCUUCUUUCUUUUGAGAAGAUCCGAAUAUUUGGCUCAAGGUUCAAGGAUGCACGACUACGCAAUUCGGAGAGCGGAUGUCAAAUUUGUGGAUGCUAGAGGCCACGAGACCCGAAACCUUCAUGAUGUGACUUCGGUGAUUCUACAAUUUCGAGGGAGUAUAUCCGACCAAUUUGGCAAGGGUACUUCUCGAGAAUUGGCGAGAUCUGGGCAUCGGUGGUGUUGCCCUGUACUAGCAGCAUUGUACCUAGUUCGUCACCACAAGGCGCUUCGUAUUGAUGCGGGCGAGUUACUGUGCAAGGUGGAUGCAUCUCACAAUUUGCAAGUAUCCGACGUGGUAAGAGCGAUAAAGGCUGCUGCUGGUCGAGCUGGCCAUAAUCCGCAAGACUACGCCUCGCACUCCCUUCGAAGUGGCGGCGCUACGGCGCUGUUUAAUGCUGGUUUUGAUAGUCUGGCAGUGAAGCUGUUUGGGAGAUGGAAGUCCGACGCAGUCGAACGAUACACGCGCAUAAGUGGGCAGUUGACAUCGCGGAUGGUCGCAAAUGCUGCAGAAGCCCGCAUUGCAUCAAGUUUAGGGGCAUCCCCCACGCCCGGAUACCCCGGCAGUGGUGGUGCUACAAUGCAACUUCGUCAUCAUUGUGCCGCGUUUGGCACACCCCCAGAAUCGUGA